GCCUCCCUCCCAAGUGCUGUCCACACGAGCAGGAGCCGAGAGAGCAAACACAGGAAGGUCUCAGUGAGCACAGAGCAACACGGCUGACAGCCUGGGGACCCCCCGCCUUAUACACACACACACUUCAUUCACUCACUCACUCUCAGCCAAGCUAAAGAUCAGAUCGCUUUUUAUUGCUGGAAUAGCCAGGCUACAUCUCUGCACAGGGACAGGAAGCCAGAGUGAACCACAGAAGCCCUCGAUCCUUUCACAGGCUGAUAGCACAGUGGUGUAUCCUAGCCCUCCCGCUCAGCUGGCUUCCCAUCUCCGCGAUGCUUCUCUACUGUUCCCGCCAGAGGUUCGGUCCCCGGAGCCGCCUCUCCCACUUGCUGCUGCUGCUGCUACUGGUCCCAGGCUGUGUCGCCUUCAACCUGGAUGUGUCCCGGCCGGCAGUUUACAGCGGGCCCCCAGGCAGCUACUUUGGAUACUCGGUGGAUUUCUACUCGCCCGAUCAAAACACAAUCAGUGUCCUUGUUGGAGCUCCGAAAGCCAACACGAGCCAACCCGGGAUAGUGGAGGGAGGAGCGGUGUACUUCUGCAGCUGGGCAGCAGGAGGUGCUACUUGCAGCCAGAUUCCUUUCGACAGAAGCAGUAACAGAAGCAUCAAAAUUAAUGGCACCAGGGAAUCUAUUGAAUUUAAAUCCAAUCAGUGGUUUGGGGCAACAGUCAAAUCACAUAAAGAAAAGGUUGUGGCUUGUGCCCCCCUAUAUCAUUGGCGUGCCCUUAAAUUGACUCAAGAAAAAGACCCAGUUGGCACUUGUUAUGUGGCAGUUCAGAAUUUCAGUGUUUACGCAGAAUACUCUCCAUGUCGGUCUGGUCACCCAGAUCCUGAAGGUCAAGGUUUUUGUCAAGCAGGAUUUAGCCUUGAUUUUACCCAGAACGGGUAUCUGGUGCUUGGAGGACCUGGCAGCUUUUACUGGCAAGGUCAGGUGAUCACUGCGGGUAUCUUUGAAAUUUUAAAUGGAUACGACUUCAGAGAUGUGAAGCGGAGAGUAAAUGGAGAACAACAGACUGGAGUGGCUCCUGCUGAUUAUGAUGACAACUACUUGGGAUACUCAGUUGCUGUGGGGGAAUUCACAGGAGACUCUCAACAAGAAUUUGUUGCUGGAAUUCCAAGGGGUGCUGAAGCAUUUGGAUAUGUUGCCAUCAUAAAUGCGACAGAUAUGACAUUCAUCUUGAAUUUUACUGGUGAACAGAUGGCUUCCUAUUUUGGAUAUACCGUGGCUGUCUCUGAUAUAAACAAUGACGGAUUGGAUGACGUGUUAGUCGGUGCUCCACUUUUCAUGGACCGUGAGUCUGAUGGAAAGUUGAAGGAAGUUGGGCUGAUUUAUCUUUACCUGCAGGAGGAAGAGUUCCUUUUCAAGGACCCUCAGAAACUAUUGGGAAUGGAAGUAUUUGGAAGAUUUGGAAGUGCAGUAGCACCUUUGGCGGAUGUGAAUCAAGAUGGAUAUUACGAUAUCGCAGUGGGUGUACCUUUUGGGGGUGAAGAUAGGAGAGGCAAAGUUCUGGUUUACAAUGGUCACAGCAGUGGUUUAAAUUCCAAACCAUCACAGGUCCUGGAAGGUUUGUGGUCCUCUGAGUCCAUGCCUCCUGGAUUUGGCUUUACCUUAAGAGGAGGAUCAGACAUUGACGGGAAUGAAUAUCCAGACCUAGUGGUUGGUGCCUUUGGAGCUAGCAAAGUUGCAGUUUACAGGGCUCGGCCUGUUGUGACAGUGGAUGCACAGCUACUCCUGAGCCCUUCAAUAAUAAACCCAGAGAAUAAAAGCUGCCAGCUUUUGGGAUCAGAGACCUUGGUGUCAUGUUUCACUGUGCGAGUUUCUGCAACUGUGUCAGGCCAUGGCAUUCCAGAUACAGUAGUUCUGGAUGCUAACCUUCAGCUAGACAGACUGAAGCAGAAAGGAGGAAUUGAGAGAACGCUAUUCCUUAAUUCUCAUCGACCACAGCAUGCAUUCCAUUUUGUCGUUGGAAAAUCAGAACAUUCCAAGUAUCAGGAAUUCACUGUUUACCUUACAGAUGAAAAGGAGUUUAGAGAUAAAUUAACACCAAUUAUUGUUAGUUUAAAUUAUAGCCUGAAUGAAUCACAUCCUUCAGAGGAUCUUAAACCAAUAAUCAACUACUACAGUGAAACAUUUCUUCAAAAACAGGCACGCAUUCUGCUAGAUUGUGGAAAGGACAAUGUUUGCAUUCCAGCACUUAAACUUACAGCCACUCCUGAUAGACAACAGCUAAUUUUUGGAGAUGAGAAUCCUCUCACUUUAAUCAUAAAUGGGAGGAAUGAAGGGGAAGGAGCAUAUGAAGCAGAACUCAAUGUCAUAAUACCGCCUGAAGCAGAUUACAUUGGUGUUAUACGGAACAAUGAGGCACUAAGCAAGCUAAGCUGUGCUUACAAAGUGGACAAUUCGACUCAAAUGGUUGUCUGUGAUCUGGGGAAUCCUAUGACAGCUGGAACCAAUCUGUCCGUGGGGCUCCGUUUUUCUGUUCAGCGCUUGGAGACAGCAGAGGCCAGCAUCAACUUUGACCUGCAGAUCAAAAGCUCAAAUAAAGAUAAUUCAAGCAGCAACCUCGUACAAGUGCCGAUCAAUGUCAGUGCAGUUGCUCAGAUCCAUGUUCGUGGGGUGUCCCAUCCUGAGCAAAUCUUUCUACCCAUCACUGACUGGAAGAUUAAAGAAAGACCUAAGAAAGAGGAGCACAUUGGACCAGUGGUUCAGCAUGUUUAUGAACUACACAACAGUGGACCAAGUACAAUCAGAUCUGGAGUCAUGGAAGUGGGCUGGCCUAGUCACUACCGAGAUGAAUAUCUACUAUACAUUUUGCAGAUAAAGACAAGUGGGCCUUUACACUGCUACACAAAUGCUACAAUUAAUCCACUACAGUUAGAGACUGUUGACCGGUCAAAUCUUGGAGAACAUAUCAGCUUGCGGAACCCCACCACGACCACACAUCAUAUCGCAAGACGAGAAGUGAGGUUACCACAGCCCCUAAAAUAUGAUUUUGCAAUAAUACUGAAUUGUAGCAACGUUGAUUGUACAAAAAUAGUUUGCCAUGUUAAUCAACUGGGAAGAGGGGAGAGUGCAGUGCUGAAUGUUUGGUCUCGAAUCUGGGUUCAAACCUUCUUAAAGAGAAGAAACACCCAUUACUCUCUGCAGUCUCUAGUGUCAUUUGUAGUGAAGGAAAUGGCAUACAAAAUCCAGCCAGAAGAAUUACCCAGCACAAGUACUGUGAUAAGGACUUCAGUGAUUUGGGCCACUCCUGAUGCUUCACUUGCAAUUCCCCUGUGGGUCAUAAUUCUGGCUGUACUGGUUGGUUUGCUGGUUCUGGCUAUUUUGAUCCUAGUCAUGUGGAAGUUUGGUUUCUUUGAUCGAGCUCGCCCACCUCAUGAUGACAUGACGGAUCGAGAACAACUUCACCCAGAAAAGACUACAGAUGCCUGAGGACUGACAAUGGCCGCCUAAAUCCAUUAACCAGCUACUCUGAAGAUGUGUUCACACCACUGAAAAUUACUCCCUUCUAUUUGCUUUUGCAGAAAAUGAAGAAGAAAAAAAAGUGAACUUGGCGCAAAACAAAUUAGCAGAGAAAGUGCUAUUGUUGACAAUGCAAUCACCUUCAAGUUACUUUACAGCGAACAUUCUGCCAGGAUAACAUUAUUGAAUGCCUCAAUCCUGUAUUGCAGUACUGAGUGAGAUUGUUAUUUUUCAGUUACACUGUUAAUCUUGAAGUAUACUUUUUAAGUGCAAGUGCUGUGCACUUUGUAAAUUGGACAAAAUUGUGUCUGAUUCCAAACAAUUAGAUAAAGUCUUUGUCGAUAGCCAGAAACCUUUAAAAUAGUAUUAGUCGUACGAGUGCAGAGUUUUAAAUUGGCACCACCAUUUAUCAUGAAUUAUGUAUUGCCUUCCUUUUUGGGCAACUCCUUUGAAAUACAAAGUGUCGGAAGGACCUUGACCACUUGUAAAGCAAUCAUGAGUUGAUUGUUUUUUUGUUGAGUUGUUAAUUAAGGUAGUAUUAAAUGAUAAGGGUUUUCAGUGACAAACAAAAGAAGUGUCUGCCAACAAAUUACUUUCUUUUAAGUCAGUGAGAACUAAAUCUGAACAAACAGUCUGAGCGAAAAGGAGGUAAUUGCAACAUUAAUUAUUAAAUGUUGUCCUUCAUUGGGUGGUUUUACCAAGGGAUCUGCACUCAAUAUGCAGACAUUUUCAUGUGAAGCAAUUUGAAGCAUAAUGUCACCCUACACUGGGAGUGGGAAUUACAGAUUUUUAAACGUGCAAUAUUUUCUAUAUAUAUUUAUAUGUUUCUGAAGCAUGUUUACACUGGGAUUUAGCCAUAUGUGGAAUUUACAUAAAGGUUUUUCUAUCAGUUUUUUCGAUGAUUUAUGGUUGUAAUAAUCUUACAACCAAACAAAAUUUUAAAGCGGAAUUGCAUAACCUCUGUUCAGUGAUCAGCAGUAAGCUUUCAUUUGUAUCAUAGUUUUUCAUUUUACACAAGUUGCAGAUAUUUACAAAAAUUAUUCUGCUUCUGUAUAAAAGCUAAAUCUAUAUGUUAUGUACCACUUUGGAAUAUUCCCUAUUUAAAAAUAUCCACUCUCACAUUGGAUUCAAUUGUACAACUGACAUAUAUUGCAAAUGUAUAAUUGUGUUAGUAUGGCUGAUGGCAAGAAGCUUUUGUUAGACACAACAAUGCAGGAUCACUUGUUACUGAUCAGGUUGUAAAUUUUUGUGAAGUUUGGAGCAAGGUAAUUCUCCCAAUGUUCCAAUUUAAAAUUUACUUAUAUGUAUAUUUGAUAAACCCAUGCCGUAUACUUUUUGUUAUCCAGAUCCAAUAAAACUGAACAGUUAACACUGGAA